AUGUCUGAUGUGGAGAAAUGUAUGAAGUUUAACGUGGCGGCCCCCAUCUGGCUGUCCAAGCAGCGCAUCCUGUGCACGCUGAACCAGAGUCUAAAGGACGUGCUCAACUACGGACUCUUCCAGCCCGCCCACAACGGCAAGGCCGGCAAGUUCCUGGACGAGGAGCGCAUGCUGAGGGACUACCCGCUGCCCUCCCUCACCUCCGUGCCCUACCUGGAGUUUCGCUACAAGAGGCGUGUGUAUACCCAGACGCACCUGGACGACAAGCAGCUGGCUAAACUACACACCAAGGCGAACUUGAAGAAGUUUAUGGAGUAUGUUCAACAGCGGAAUAUUGAGAAAGUGUCCAAGUUUCUGGAGCGAGGCCUUGACCCCAACUUCCACGACCUGGACUCAGGAGAGUGUCCCAUAAGUAUGGCGGCCCAGCUGGAGGGGUGUGCUGAGCUCAUCAAGAUUCUGAAAAGUGGAGGAGCCCACCUGGACUACCGGACCAAGGAGGGGGUCACCGCCCUGCACAAGGCCGUCCGCACCAAAAACCACACCGCUCUUAUAACCCUGCUGGACCUAGGAGCGUCUCCAGACUAUAAGGACAGCCGUGGCCUGACGCCCCUGUACCACAGCGCCAUGGUGGGGGGAGACCCCUACUGCUGUGAGCUGCUGCUGCACGAUCACGCCCAGGUGGGCUGUGUGGACGAGAAUGGCUGGCAAGAGAUCCAUCAGGCGUGUCGCCAUGGCCACGUGCAGCACCUGGAACACCUGCUGUUUUAUGGAGCCGACAUGAGCUCCCAGAAUGCCUCGGGGAACACUGCCCCACCAAGGCGUACAACCAGUCUACAGCCAGUCCUUCUUCAGGAUAGCUGUGCCAGGGUGUUGCUCUUCAGAGGAGCCAACAAAGAGAUCAAGAACUACAACAGCCAAACUGCCUUCCAGGUGGCCAUCAUUGCUGGGAAUUUUGAUCUGGCAGAUAUUAUUAAGAAUCACAAAGCAUCAGAUGUUGUGCCUUUCAGGGAAACCCCGUCGUACACCAACCGGCGCCGCGUGACCGGCACCCUGACCUCGCCGCGCUCGCUGCUCUUCCGCUCCGCCUCCGACAACAACCUGAACGGAGACGGACGUCCAGCCCACUCGCCCGUCCCCUCGCUACGCAGCCUGCCCCCUCUGGCUCAGCCGCCGGGCACCGCCCCGGACGCCACCACGGCCGACGGCAGUCUGCAGAGCACCGGCAGCUCCCGCUCCUCCCACACGCACACACACACACGCUCACCCUCGCUGCAGCGCGUCUCCGAGGAGCCCGACAAGCACACGCUGCGGCGACACCCGCACGGGCACAGCCGCGGACGCCUCAGCCCCGGGUCGGUCCAGAGGGAGCCCAGCCCACCGCCCCCGACCCCCGCCGCCCCCUCGGCCGCCCGCGGCCCCAAACGGAAACUUUACAGUGCCGUCCCAGGCCGCACCUUCAUCGUGGUCAAGCCGUACGCACCGCAGGGGGAGGGCGAGAUACAGCUGAACCGCGGCGAGAGAGUCAAAGUGUUAAGUAUUGGUGAAGGAGGAUUCUGGGAAGGCACGGUGAAGGGCAGAACUGGCUGGUUUCCUGCAGAGUGUGUGGAGGAGGUGCAGAUGAGGCAGUUUGACCCAAGACUAGAAACCCGGGAAGACCGCACUAAGAGGCUGUUCAGACACUACACUGUGGGCUCCUACGACAACUUCACCUCAUACAGUGAUUACAUCAUCGAGGAGAAGGAUGCCGUGCUGCAGAAGAAGGACAGCGAAGGAUUCGGCUUUGUGCUACGAGGAGCCAAAGCUGAGACUCCCAUCGAGGAGUUCUCCCCCACCCCUGCCUUUCCUGCCUUACAGUAUCUGGAGUCCGUCGAUGUGGAGGGCGUGGCUUGGAGGGCGGGCCUACGCAAUGGGGACUUCCUUAUAGAGGUGAACGGGGUCAACGUGGUCAAAGUGGGCCACAAGCAGGUGGUGUCACUGAUUCGGCAGGGGGGCAACCGGCUGGUGAUGAAGGUGGUGUCCGUCAGCCGCAAGGCCGAGUCAGAGGAGGUGGUGCGCAAGAAAGCCCCCCCACCCCCUAAGCGAGCCCCGAGUACGACCCUCACACUGCGCUCCAAAAGCAUGACUGCUGAACUGGAGGAACUGGCCUCAGCUAGGAGAAGGAGAGGAGAAAGGCUCGAUGAAAUGCUAGCGUCUCAGGAGGCUAGUCUGAGGCCUCAGGUUGAAGCUGAGUACAGAACAGCAACGGUCAAGCAGAGGCCAACCAGUCGCCGUAUCACACCAGCAGAGAUCAGUUCCCUUUUCGAGCGGCAGGGUUUGGCUCUGCAUGGAGCGCUGCACCCAGGCCUGGACAGACACAUACAGCUGGCUAAAGGCAUGCCCCGUACCAAGAGCUUCGGAGCGACAGAGGAGGACCGUUUAUCAGCGCUGGCGGCAGAGCACCGGUUUCCUCGGAGCUCGUCGAUGACGGACACACUGUGGCGGAUCCCACCACGCGACGUCCGCCUCUCCCCCAGGCGGCCCCCCCCUCCUCCCCCCUCCCUCUACUACCUGGACACUGGGCCGCGCCCCUCCUUCUCCCCCCACCCCCACGGCCCCUUCCCUCGCUCCGGGCUUCAGCCCGGGUCCAGGCCCGCCUGCCUGCGCCAUCGGCCUGCCCCCCGGGAGCGCCAGAAGAAAGCCCACUCCAUGAUCCUGCUGCAGGACUCCCAGCACCUGCCCGUGGAGCCGGGCGCCCUCCCACGGCCCUCGCUGGCCCAGGCCCCCGCCACGCCACCCGAUAAGCUGAAACGCAAGGGUGGCCGCGUCAUCGACAACCCCUACGCCAACGUGGGGCAGUUCAGCCUGGGCCUCUUCACCCCUUCUGCCCCCUCCAAGCCCCAGCGACGGAAGAGCCCGCUGCUCAAGCAGCUGCAGGUUGAGGACUCAAUCCAGGAGCGGGCAUCGCUGGCACUGGGCUCGGCACAUGGGCACCACCGGGAGCUGUCACCCACGGGCAGACUGGCGGCGCACCACACCAGCCGGGUGGAGUUCUAUCAGCAGCAGCUGGCAGCCCAGGAGGAGGCUCUGCUGCAGGUCAGCCGGUCCCGCGCGGGGCGUGGCCCAUUUGCGGCGGCCAUUGCCGGUGCGGUGAAGGACCGUGAGCGUCGGCUGGAGGAGCGCCGCAAGUCCACUGUCUUCCUGUCUGUCGGCACCAUGGAGGGCAGUAGCGGUGCGGCGGCGGAGCUGAUGGCGACGGCGAUGCCUAAAAGCUCCAUCAAUCGGCUCCAUGAAGGCGCGAUGCUGACCGACCAGGCGCCACUGCCGCCUCCGCCGCCCGCCCUGGCCCUGCGCCAUGCCCCCGGGGGCACCACCUUCAUCCACCCGCUGACGGGCAAACCGCUGGACCCCAACUCUCCGCUAGCGCUGGCGCUGGCCGCACGGGAGCGGGCGCUCAGCUCGCAGGCCCAGUCGCCCGCCAGCAGCCCCGAGCCCCGGACUACGCUCGAGUUCCACCCCGAGCACGCACACACCAAAGAGGCGGAGCGGGCGGUCAGCACGGGAGGGGAGGGGGGACGAGACUCGCCCUCCUCCUUCUACUCGGCAGCCAGUAAGGUGCAGUGGGCGUCGCCCACGUCGCUGCGGAGGGAGAUGGAGGAGCGGCGGGAGGAGCGGGUGGCGCUGCCGCCAGCGGAGGACAAGAAGAGCAUGCUCAUCAGCGUCAUGGACACGUCGCAGCAGAAGACCGCCGGCCUCGUCAUGGUCCACGCCACCAGCAACGGCCAGGCCGUGGGUCUGGCGCCAGAAGAACCUGCCCGAGCCUCGCCCACCGAACCCAAACCUGCUCCGUCGGCCCCGAGUCCCGAUGCCACCGCUGCUGCUGCUGCUGCGGGCACCUCCACCCCGACCCGUACCCCCCCCCCCUCCGUGCCCACGCCGACCCCCCAGCCCCCACCCAGCCCGGCCACGGAUAAGACGCUGGCGCAGGGUAGCUCGGAGGAGGACGUGGAUGCCUACGGGAGUGUGGGCCUGCCGCCCGCCAUGCUGUCGUCCAGCGACGAAGAGACACGUGAGGAGCUGCGUAAGAUCGGCGUGGUGCCGCCACCCGACGAGUUUGCCAACGGCCUCUUGGCCAGAGAGCAGGCCGCAGCAGCCGCCACUGUGCCCACGGCGACCACAUCACCCACAGCGACCAAAACCCUCGCAGCCAAGACCCCUGCUGUGCCUCCACUCCCUGGCACACCACUGGCACCCAUCGCCACGGCAGCGACAGCAGCCAGUGUAGCCCCCACCCCAACCCUCACCCCCACCUCCGCCGUCUCAGGGAAGCCUCCGGAAGGCCAGCUGGUGGCAGAGUCGGCGGCGGAUUCGGGCGUGGAGGAGGUGGACACGCGCAGCUCCAGCGACCACCACCUGGAGACCACGAGCACCAUCUCCACCGUGUCCAGCAUGUCCACGCUGUCCUCGGAGAGCGGCGAUCCCACCGCCGACACCUACAGCUCGCACGCCGACGGACACACCUUUGUCCUCGACAAGCCACCAGUGCCUCCCAAGCCAAAGCUCAAGUCCCAGCUCAGCAAGGGGCCCGUGACCUUCAGGGACCCUCUGCUCAAGCAGUCGUCUGACAGCGAGCUGCUGUCCCAUCAGCAGGCCUCCGCGCUGGCCGCCGCCGCGGCCGCCUCACAGGCCUCCUCCGCCUCCGGCCUCGGCCUCGGGCUCGGGCUGGGCCUGGCUCUCGGGCCUGGACCCAGCCGGCCCCGCUACCUCUUCCAGAGACGCUCCAAGCUGUGGGGAGACAGCGGGGAGACGCGGGGUGGCGGCGGCAGCCCCAGCCCUGAGGAGGGCAAGCCCACUGUGAUGAGCGAGCUCAGCUCUCGUCUGCAGCAGCUCAACAAGGACAUGGCGCUGGGAGCAGGAGCAGGGGAGCAGCUGGUGCACUUCGACCCGCAGGGAAGUAAGCCUAUCUCCGGGCCAGGUAGGGCCAGCCCAAAGCGCCCAGCUUUGGAGGCGGAGGCAGGCCAGAGAGAUGGACAGCCAAGAAGCGUGUGGAGUCAGGAUCUUACUCAUGCUGAGCUUCAGAAGCACCUGCAGGCGCGACGUCUGCGUCUGCGCUGGCUGUGUUCUAGUGCCCCACUGAGUGUUCCAUUCACUAUCACGCUAACACUGAGACCAGAACUGCUCCAUUAUGUGGGGAAAGUGAGGGAAGCUGCCCCAGACGCCAUGGCAACCUCAGACAGCGUGCAGCGUGUGGGUCUCCUCACUCUCUCUCUCUGUCUCUUCCCCCCCUCACCCUUAUUCUCUCUCUCUCUCUCUCUCUCUCUCUCUCUCUCCUUCUGUCUCUGCAGACUCUUCAGCAGUCUAGGUGAGCUCCACACCAUCUCCCAGCGGAGCUACGGGACCACCUACACCAUCCGGCCCGGCAGCCGUUACCCGGUGACCCGCCGCACCACCAGCCCCAGCGGGGGCUCCCCUGACCGCUCCUCGGACCCGCUGGCGCCGCUGCGGGGUUACGGCCUGUCCACCUCACCGCCCCCCUCCGCCCCCCCGCCCCCCACCAUCCUCAAGUCGUCCAGCCUGUCCCUGCCACACGAGUCCAAGGAGGUGCGCUUUGUCAUGCGUAGCUCCAGUGCCGCCGGACGCAGCCGCUCCCCCUCCCCCUCGCCGGCGGCCACUCCGCUGGGCUCGCCGCUGCUGCUGGCGCUGCGGCCGUUCCACCAGAAGCCGCUGCACCUGUGGAACAAGUACGACGUGGGCGACUGGCUGGAGAGCAUCAACCUGGGCGAGCACCGCCAGCGCUUCCAGGAGCACGAGAUCGAGGGAUCGCACCUGCCCGCGCUCACCAAGGACGACUUCGCUGAGCUGGGGGUCACGCGCGUCGGACACCGCAUGAACAUCGAGCGCGCGCUCCGACAGCUGCUGGAGAGUUGACCCCCCCCCUCCCCAACCCUCCGCCGCCAAACACCCCCAUUGGCAAACCUGCAGAACGCCGGCCACCUACCAACACACUCACAGAAAACACACACACACACACACACACACACACACACACACACACAAACACACACAUGGAAUCCCUGCCCGGCUAGCAAAAUGCUACCCCUUCUUAAUUGGCUGCUUUCCUUUCUUAUUUUCCUGCUCCUUCUCUUUUUUGGCCAUCAGCCAAUCAGAAAGAGUUUGCCUAACUGGAUGUUGCAUGAUCUUAGAAGGUUAGCGUGACGACCGUAGCUUGUGUCAUUCCCUAUAGGACACUUUAGCUUAGCAUCAUCCACAUCUGCUUUCUCUAUCUCUCUAUCCUCUCUCUCUCUCUCUCUCUCUCUCUCUCUCUCUCUCUCUCUCUCUCUAUCCCUCUCUCUGCCUCUGCAGCCGCUGAAGCUCUGACCUGCUUGACCAGACCACUGAGGGUCUCGUUGAAGGAGAAUUCAGUUGCCUUUCAGAGUAUUUUUUUACAAAGCCCAGCACUGGUGGACACAUUGAACUGGACUGCUGUGUGCGUGUGUGUGUGUGUGUGUGUGUGUGUGUGUGUGUGUGUGUGUGUGUGUGUGUGUGUGUGUGUGCGCUGCCUCUGGUACGACGCGUACAUGUUUGAGUGGUGUGUGUGUGUGUGUGUGUGUGUAUGUGUUAGCUGUGUGAGUGUGUGUGAGGGGUGACCACUGUCCUCACACACUCUCCUGACUGUGGUCAUGGUGAGUGCAUCCAGAGAAUGUUUAACCAACACUAGUGGCUUUUUCAUAAUCAGAUGUCUGUUUGGAGUUCCAGAGAGACUGUGAGAGCAGAUUUGGAGUUCCAGAGAGACUGAAAGAGCAGAUUUGAUUCCUUGUGUACUUAGAGAACUUUGAGAAUGGAGUGAUCAGAUGAAAGGAGAGAAACAACAGACCACGACACAAAUCAAACGAACUGAGAGAAAGUGCUCAGUCUCCUGCUUCUAGAUGAAGUGUAGAAGAAACUGUUUAUUCCACUGAUAAUUAAUUAAUUUUUACCAGUUAUAUACAUACAUAUAUAUAUACAUAUAUAUUUGAAAGAAAAGAAGUAUAUAGAUAUAUGAUUAUAACAUUUUGUCAUAAAUAUAUGAAAAGAAACUUAUAUAUGGUAUUAUACAUUAAUAUAAAAAAGGCUACUAUGAACAUGAAUUUUCCCAAUGGUCAUCCCUUUCUGGACCGUAGCAUGAAAACCUGCAUCAGUUGUUGAUAUGUUGACAGAUUUGGAUUUGAUUUUAUUUACUGGAUUUGUUUGAUUGUAUUGUUUGUUUGUUUUUGUGAAACCUUGUCUUCCGUCUCCCUUGAGGGUGUCCCAAAGUGACGCCACAGUGAACUCUGACCUCUAAUGACCUCAUAGCCUCUUGGCGGCUGGGUGUGUUGCCGUGGAGAUGCGCGUCGUCAGCGAAGUGCCCUUUACCAGCAUGGCAUGGAGGAGACGUCGGGCCCCGCCCGAGAGCCCGACACACACUCUGCACCACUCAGCCCAGCUCAGCCCACCAGUCUCACCAGUUUCAUUCUCUCACACACACUCUCACACACACUCACACACACUCUCACACACUCUCACACACACUCACACACACUCACACACACUCACACACAUGGGAGACUGUGAGGGCUGGAGAAAGAGUCCUGCAAUAACCAAGGAGCCUUCUGAGCCGAGGAGUAAAGGAGAUAAUACAAGACUCUGUAUACACACACACACACACACACACACACACACACACACACACACACACACACACACACACACACACACACA